GCGCGAAGUCCGGAAUACCGUUUGCUCGUCUGCCUUCACACACACGUUUAGGCAAUUUCAAGGCCACAUGAAGUUUGGUGGGCCGUGGCGACUGACUGCAGAAACUUUGUGUCCUGACUUCUGAUCUAGAAAUUGAAUUGCACCACCUAGUGCGCAUGUAUGUGUUCCCUCCCCUCCCUGAUUUGUAGUUAAACGCUGCGCCUUCCGCUUUGUCUUACUUUUCUCUUGAAAGCUUGAAGAACCAGAGAAAAGGCAUGGCUUUCCUACAGGAGUCCACCCAGGUGAUGAGAGACACCAUGUGUGAGCAGUGGACCACUGACCUCUAUGAUUGCACCUCUGAUAUGAAGUCCUGUUGCUGCACCCUUUGGUGUUUCCCCUGCAUGCAGUGUCAGACAGCCAGUAAACACGGAUGGUGCUGUGCCCUGCUACUCCUGGAUGUUUGCUGUGGUGUGGUGUCCUGCUUUCUCCGCAAGUCCAUCAGAGAGCGUUACAACAUCCCUGGCUCAUUCUGUGAUGACUGCUGCAAAAUAUGUUGGUGUUACCCGUGUGUUUGGCACCAGAUGCAUCAUGAGCUGAAUAUCAGGGAAAACUUGCAGCCCACCACCUCGAUGAUGUUCACCACACAGGUCAUCCAUGAAUAAGAUACAACCAUUUUUGCUGUGGGUUGAGGGCAUAUACCAUGAUUUCUUAAUAAAACUUGUCAUAAUUUUGUAAUAAUACAACAUGCAUGAAAAGAUUAGUUCUGUUUCUCUUAUGUUAAAGACAAACAAAGUAGCGUAGCACCUUGUCUGCUUUCUUUUUCACAGCUCAGUGCUGAGCACUGUGCAGUAUGAUGCAGUGCUCUGCAGUAUGUAACACCCAUGUUAGCUGUUUUAUAGACUUCAGCUUUAAAGCCAGAUGUUUUAAGUUUCACUGUCGUAUCUUUGUGCUGGAUGUUAUCUCAGGUAUAGGUUUAAUCUUAACAUCGUUCUGUUUCAAAUUACAUGACUGCUGUUAUUGUAAUCGUCACCUGACAUGAGUUUAACAUAUGUUUAAAUAAAAACUA